UAUGCAAACUGGUAUCUCAGUAUCCACUAAUGGGCAAGGAUUGAAACUUCACACACUUGUUCACAGUCAUGAUAUGACAUGCAGUGCAAAAGUUCAAUAACUCUACUUCGCAUUUUACAACAUUAUGCCCCUUUUUCAACUUAGCAAUUUUUGGUUUUAAGGUUAAGGUUUUGUAUGUAAGCUGGUAUUUCAGUAUCCACAAAUGGGAAUAGAUUGAAAUUUCACACACUUGUCCACUGUCAUGAGCUGAUAAACACUAUACAGGUUCCAUAUCCCUGUUUUGCAUUUUUACUAAAUUAUGCCCCUUUUUCGACUUUUGUAUUCAUUCAAAUUGACAAGGCUGUUGAAUAGUCGAGCGUUGCUGUCCUCCGACAGCUCUUGUUUGUUUUUGAAGUUUUAGCAAAGAAAUUUGUUUAAGCAAGCAACUAAACUCAGAUGCUGCAGUAUUCCCUGACAAAAUCUGUGGAUUUCUCCAUAUUCCUGCCUGCAAUUGUCAAUCUCAUGGCACAUUCAGACCUCCUGAUAAAAAAAUCUGCCUGCCAACUAUUGACGAGGGUUUCGGGUAUGAAGUCAGAGUUUAUUCUGCUUGCCGUCAACACUUUACUCAAAGAUACAAGGGAGAGCAAUCCUGUAAUUAGGGCGCUCGCUAUCCGUACAUUAUGUGCCAUCAACCAUGAGGCCUUUGUUGAACACCGUAUAAAAUGUGUAACGGAAGGACUUAAAGAUACGAGUUCCUAUGUGAGAAGAACAGCCGUAAUGUCAUCUAUUACGGUGUUCAAAGCUGGAACAGAAGGAUUUCAGGAAUCCGGAAUUAUUAACAGACUUUAUGAACUGAUUCGAGACUCCGACCCUAUUGUCACUGUGGACAGUCUUCUGGCCCUCGAAGAAAUUCUGAAAAACGAAGGGGGAAUUGUUCUGAAUAAAAAGAUAGUUGGUUAUUUACUUACAAGGGUAGAGGAACUUACUCCCUGGGGGAUGGCUUCUGUUAGCAAAUUGAUGCAGAAAUACACACCAAAAUCUGAAGAUGAAAUCUUUGAUCUAAUGAAUGUUUUGGAUCCAUUUCUUGAACACAAUAGUGUGACUUUGUCUUUGAACACUUUACAAUUAUUUCUUGGUAUCAUUAAAGACCUGCCACAUUUGCAAGAGGAGGUUUUACAGAGAUCACUGAGUGUUUUUCUGACAAUUUUUUCUUCAGGAAAUCCAGAACUUAUUUCAACCACCAUCCAGUUUUGUAAACAGUAUCCCCAAAGUUGUAAAAUUCUGGCGCCAAAUUAUAAAAAUCUUUUCUGCAAAUUCAAGGACCCUGCUUAUCUUAAAGUUCAGAAAUUACAAUUUAUAACAGAAAUGAUCAAUGUAGAAAAUUUCAAAGAUAUAUUAGAAGAAAUAGUUAUAAAUUGUACCAAUGCCUCAGCGGAAGUUUCGCUAUGUGCCAUACAGUCUUUAGGAAACAUUGUCACAAGCUUUCCCGAUUUGUCAGAGAAAUUAUUAAAAGCUUUCAACAAGCUUUUACAGAGUGAUAAAGACCAUGUUGUUUCAAAUACAUUACAAGUUUUAGUCAAGUUGUCGGAGAAGAAUCAAGCUGCGCUGAAUGAACUGGGGGAUCAGUUAUGUGUAAUCGCGAGAAAAUUGUCCGACAAUGAUGGAAGAAGUUCAGCCUUGUAUCUGAUCGCUCAGAUGGACAAUGGUUCCUCCGAAUCACUGUUUGUGAUAGAAGACUUUAUUGAGCAGUUUGAUGACCUUGAUGCAGAGGUCAAAAGUCAGCUUCUACUGACUGGGAUCAAAAUGUUUUUCCGACGACCAGCAGAGUUUCAGAAUAUACUUGGUGAAUUAUUUGACCUGUGUUUAAGAGAGGUUGAACCAAGGGAGUUGAAUCAACAAGCCAGAUUCUACUAUUCAAUAUUUGAAGCAAAUGUAGACACUGCCAAACAGAUUUUUGAAGUUCUAUGAGCAAUUUAAGCAAACCCACAGUCCACAGUACACCAUAUUAAGUUCAUUAAAAUGAGGGUGUGGAGUGGUAUUAGGGAGUAGGUGAUGAACAAUAUUUUACUGCAGUUCUUGUUUUGGGUCACUUUGUCCACCAUUUCCAUUUUAUCACUUAUGUUGUAAAAUUUGAUCUUGCUGUACACGUAGAAAGUAGAGAUUUGUAGAACAAUGUUGUGUAUUACAAUGCUGUUUAGACUAAAACAUGUAGAGAUGGUUAUGAUCAUCAGACAUUUUCUGACAUUUGAAACAUUGAAUUUAUGUUUGUACAAUACAGUGGAUCUUGUUAAAAAUUUAAUGAAGACUUCCAUAAAAUAAGAUGUUUAUCAUUUUUUUAAAGACUUCACAAUAUUAUUAUCCUGAAAAAUAUGAACAAGUUGUUUUAAUAUGAAUUAUAGCAGCAUCUAAAAGUAGAUUAUCUUGUGAAACAGAUUAUCUCAUUGACAAAUUUACAAGGACAACUUUUUGCAAUGACCACCAAUAUAACUUGUCUAACUACAAGUCAAUUGUUCACAUAACAUUUUACAAACAUUUUUCUGAACUGGUGGUAUACUCUGCUUAUCGGUCUGUUAUGAGAAAUAAAAAACAAAGUCUUUUUGUUUGUUUUUAUUGCAUCUAUAAAUACACCGUAAACAUGUUACGCUACAAUGUAGAAGUGAAGAAACCUACUUCAGAGCAAAGAAAGAAUUUCUACAUUUAUUUAUAUGUUCAAACUUUGUCUCUGUCAAAUAUUUUGUUAGAUUAUAAAACAAAUGUUAUACAAGGCGAUGCGAAAACUUUGUACAACUAAAAUAAAUGAUAAUAUGCCAUGUUUUGAAAGGGAUUUUUAUUAAACUAUAUAUUUUUCCCAGA